CUUGUCCCACUGUCCAAGCAUCCUGAUCUCCAUCUCCAGUAUCUCACAUCGACACCGCAAACAAAAUGGCUACUAUAACUUCGCCAGUCGAUGACCUAGCUGCCCUCGACGUCAUCCUGGACACCGACCCUGAGACCUUAUCCCGCUGGUACCAGCUCGUGCAACCCGUCGAGGGCGCUCCAUUUAGUCGCUUCGCUAACACCUUUCCUGGUCUUACCGCCAAAGAUGUUUUCCUUAUGUCACGCAAUGCUGCCACCAUUGCAGCCCUACAAACCUUCGAGCACUCCGAGGCCAUCAAAGUGGCGCAUAAGGACAUGUCCCAGUUGGCGAGGCAGCUUCAGACCGAGAAAGAUAAAAGCAGGAUGCUGCAAGUCAAGCUUGACGCUGCCCUUCAUGCGGGUACUCAGAAGGACGUCACCAUCUCGGAGCAGACCAUGGAGAACCUUGAGCAUGACAAUCUCAUCGCCGAGUACGCGGAUACCAUUGCUGGGAGAGAUGGAGAGCUCGUCAAGAAGGGUGCUGAGGGUUCCAUUGCGUCCAAGGUCGCCGCCGAUAAGGACAACCUCACUACCAAUAGCAGUGCCGAAGGCGCCAUCGUGUCGCCUACCCGCAAGCGUGCGCACGUCGAGGGGCGUGAGGCUGUACUUGAGAUUGCUUAG